CCUCUCCAUCAUGAUAUAAAGAGGUUCUGCACAGUGCAUCACCUUCUGCAUCACUGCAAUCAACAUGAAACCCAGCAUCACCCUUGGUGUUUUGUUCGAACUUCUCUCUGAAGUGGCUGCACUCACUUGUUACCAGUGUGUUGCUGGUACCUCCCAGACCUGCACAAAUACUCAAACCUGUAGUGCAGGAUCAUGUGCCAGCAUGACUGUGAAUGCAUAUUCAGGUGAUACAAGACAAGAAGUCAAUUUGUGGAGCUGUGCAUCUCUGGAUCAGUGCAUCUCUGGGUCAGUUAACUUCGGAAUUGCAAGGUCAACAAUAAGCACUAAAUGCUGUAAAACAGACCUCUGCAACUCUCAGAAGACUCCAGAGGUAAAUACAAAUACUCCCAACGGGAAGAAGUGUUUCACCUGUGAAGGAGAUGACUGCACAAAACAGCUGUGCUGUGUUGGAAAUGAGGACCGUUGUAUUAAAUCAACAAUUAAUACUGGGAUGGCGUAG